AGGACGCUGACGUGAGGGAUAGGCGACGUCAAUGACGUCACGCAGGAAGUCUUUAGAACUGCUCUGCCGCAGCGUCAACAAACCCAGCUAACGCGACACAUAAAGCUGUCCCGACGCCAAACAUGCCAACAGUUGCGCGGCAAUUCACUGAACGAAUCCAGGGCUGGACCAUGUGGUGAUGAGCAGCGGUGUGCCAUGCAGAGGAGACACAGCAGCAACACGGAUGGCAUGCCCUCUGACAGGAGCCGAAGCCAAACCCUGGGAUCAGAGAGCAGCCUGGAUGAGGGCGGUGUGUUCGACUGCCUGAAGCCCGACUCGCCCUCUUCCCCCCAGCAGAUGUUCUCCGGCCUGGUGGGUGUGCCCUCCGGCUCCGUCUCCUCCGCCCAGUUCCAGGCGGCCGGCUUGGUCCUGGGCUCCCCGCCCGAGGUUUUCAUCCAGAUGACGGCGUCGUCCAGAGAAGAGGGAGGCCCCCACCGCACGGACGGCGGACCGUUCCUCCCCCGGCCGCCCCCGCACCACCACCACCAACAACAACAACACCACCACCACCUCCACCACCACCACCUCCACCACUUCCAGCACAGGACCCCCUCUCUGCUGCAGCAGCAGCCCGCUGCCGCGGGCAGCGCCGAGAGGCACGGCCCCAGAGAGGAGGCCCAGGAGGACCCGUCCACGCCGGCGCCGGCCCUGUCGGAGUUGAAGGCGGUGGUCACGUGGCUGCAGAGGGGCUUCCCCUUCAUCCUCAUCCUGCUGGCCAAAGUGUGCUUCCAGCAUAAGCUAGGUAUCGCUGUGUGCGCGGGCAUGGCCUGCACCUUCGCCUAUGCCAAUUCCACAGUGAGGCACCAAGUGUCCUUAAGGGCGGAGCGUUCCGUGCUGGUUGCUCUCUGGAUCGUGACGUUCCUCGCGGGGAACAUCGUGUACGUCUACUACACGUUCAGUCACGAGGAGCUGCACAACAGCCUCAUAUUCGCCAAGCCCAACCUCAGCAGCUUUGACUUCUUUAACCUGAUCUGGGCUGUGGGCCUCACCGACUUUGUCCUUAAGUACUUCACCAUCGGCCUGAAAUGCUUUGUCCUGUUUUUGCCCAAGAUCCUCCUGGCCUUUAAAUCCAGGGGUAAAUUCUACCUGCUGAUAGAGGAGCUGAGCCAGCUGUUUCGCGCACUGGUCCCCAUCCAGCUGUGGUACAAGUACAUCAUGGGAGAAGACCCGUCCAGCAGCUACUUCCUGGGAGCCACUCUCAUCAUCAUCUACAGCCUCUGCAAGUCCUUUGACAUCUGUGGGCGAGUGGCGGCCAUCCGGAAGGCGGUGGCCAUUCUCUGCAGCUCCCAGGUCAGAGAGUCGGACCACUGCGCGUCCAGAGUUACGGGGCGAGGGCGGGCGGUCAGCAGUGCAGCGAGGCGGGCGACGCCUGCGCCAUCUGCCAGGCGGAUUUCCGAGACCCCGUCGCCCUGCUCUGUCAGCACGUGUUCUGCGAGGAGUGCCUGUGUUUGUGGUUCGACCGGGAGAGAACGUGCCCGCUGUGCCGCUCCACCGCCAUCGAGGCGCUGCGCUGCUGGAAGGACGGCACCACCUCGGCCCACUUCCAGGUCUACUGAGCGAGGACCACGCUGUGGCAUCUUUUUUCUUUUCUAGCUUCAGAGGGGAGGGGGUCUCUUUUCAUUAAACCGCUAAAUGCCUGCGUAUGUUGAAAGGAGGACAUGGACGUUCAUGGAGUGUUUAUCCAGCUGCAUUACACGUUGCCAGUGUGUAUACUUUACAGCGUUGCUUACAAUCCGUGGUUUGCACCUCUUGUUGUUCUAGUUUUUCCGUUCAAGUUGCACAUCGCUGAAUACAAUUCGACAAUGAGGGAGUUCUGAGUUGCUUCAUGUGUUUUACGAUCAAAAGGGGGCCUUUAGUUGUGACACGAAUGUACGAACAAGACCGGCUGGUUUCAUUGUUUCCCAUGAAGAGGAUCUAGAAGAUUCUCUCUCAGGCCCCUUAUGCAGCUGUUAUAAAUGAGACCCCCCCACCCCCCGAAAAAAGAUAUACCUGUGACAAGUUGAGCACAUCGGUGCUAGAUGCCAUGUGCAGAAACCAAAUUAUUAUUAAUUACCCUUGGACUACUGUCAGUUUUACUAUUGUGAUGCAUCUGUCACAUUGUUGUGUGCAUGUAAAAUAAGGCUUUUAUUUCACACUAAACACAUAAUAAAAUGUUCCUGUGAUGUCAUAUAGUCACACAGCACAUUUGUUUGUAUAUCAAAUGAUUUUCAUAAUAGUUUUUUCUUGGUAUUUAGAUAAGCGUUUUAUCGAUUCCACUUAGCAUGCGUUGCUUUUAUCUUUUUCAUCAAGUGGAGGCUCAAGUCUGAUAAGCUUCCAUCUCACGGUCAUGAUUUCCUUUGUUGUUCCAUGUGAACCUUGUUAAUAUGAAUCAUUUCCUUUGAGAAUACAUUCCUGGCUUGCUUUGAAUGCA